AGUGCAGCACUUUUGGCCACACGUCCAGUCAUUCAACAUGGGAAAGAUAAUCUUCUACGAAGACAGAAACUUCCAGGGUCGCUCAUAUGAGUGCAAUUCUGAAUGUCCAGACAUGUCCUCAAAUUUUAGACGCUGCAACUCCAUUCGAGUGGAAAGUGGAGACUGGAUUCUCUAUGAACAUCCCAAUUACAGAGGGCAUCAAUACUACCUCCGUAGGGGGGAAUAUCCUGAUUUCCAGCAAUGGAUGGGUUUCAAUGACUGCAUUAAAUCCUGCCGCCUGAGCCCACAGCACCAAGGAUCUUUUAGAAUGAAGAUCUAUGAGAGAGAGGAUUUCAGAGGUCAGAUGAUGGAGUUCACUGAAGAUUGUCCCAAUGUCUAUGAGAGAUUUAAUUUCCAGGAUAUCCACUCCUGCCAAGUCCUUGAUGGUUAUUGGAUGUUUUAUGAAGAACCCAACUACAGGGGACGUCAGUACUAUCUGAGGCCUGGAGAGUACAGGAGAUACACUGAUUGGGGAGCCAUGAACCCCAGAAUUGGCUCCUUUAGACAUGUUUAUCAUCGCUAAUAAACUGCCUGAUAAGCUAAAUUACAAUUAUUAACAUGACAGCAAUUCUAUAAAAUAUGGAUGCUAAAAAAUAAAGAUUAUUAGAACAA